AUGUCAACAAUCAGGCCGUGGUGGAUGUCGGUGUGCUUGGGGCUCGUGCUCGGCGCGCAGUCGAGCACGUCUCCGUCCAUCGACCACGACCACAUGGCCGCUCUGCAGAGGUCCAUGUCCAUGAGCAAGAAGGUGCCCCUGAGCCUGGAAGCGAAGCGGCAGCCCUGCCUCUCCGUCGCCAAGCAGGAAACGAAGGCGGCCUCCUCGCUGCGGCUGCGGCUGGCGCACCUCGAGGCCACCAGCAAGGCGCAGCACCGGAGGCUCGGGCAGAUGCGGCUCGAGCUGACAGGCGAAGAGCCCGCGGGGCGCAACUCCACGGGCCUCGCCAGCCAGCCAGCACGCGCGGCCGCCCUCGACGGGGAGCUGAGCCUCAGGGCGGACGCCAUCGCCGAGCUGCUGAGCGCCACCAGGAAGGCCACGGCCAGGCUGGAGGCGAAGGCGCUUGGCUGCGGGGCCCAGUGCGCAGCCGUGUGCGCUGGCGGCGGCGCUGGCGUCUGA